AAUUCCGCUUUGCUAUAGUUCUAUAGCACCGAUUACUGGCUCUUUGACAACACUUUGUACUAAAUAGUGUAUUGCAGUGCAACAACGAUUUGUUAAAUUCCACUAUGCCAUAGUGAACCCCUUAUAUAGGCUUUGAGUCUCUUCUAACAUAAGAAACUACUUUCUAUUAGGGGUGAAAGUGAUAGUUGGAUAGUUGUAACUGCAUAACUGUCUUUCGGCUGUUCGUUGGAGUCCUUGCAGAUUGAGAGCUUCACUUUAUCUUCGAAUAGGCCCAAGGCUGAUUUUGGGUCAGCCCUUAAAGGAACCUUGGAUCGUAAGGAAGCCAAAUACCGGUCCAGAAAACAUGUAAACUGAGACUUAUUUUGGAUAAGUAACUGAUUUAUGAGGGAUUUUUAAAUAAUAGAAACUAAUGAUAUUUAUGAAAAAGUCCUUAUAAGUUUAUAGGUGUUUAUCUAGAAGUUAAAUGAGAAAGCUUAUGAAAAAAAUUAGAUACAACAGAUAAUUUUAGCUAAUGCAAGUUGUUUUUAAAUUUUAUUUUUGUAUAAGUGCUUAUGGAGAAGUUUGUCCAAACCGGCUUUCCAAGUCUUAUAAGCAAAAGCAAUACGCGUUUUAAAUAAUUUAGCAUAGUUUGCGACUAACGAGUAACACGUUUUUGCAUUCGUUUUCCUUAUUUGAUUUGCAGAGAGACGGUUAAAAAGUUCUGAGAAUCAGAAUAAAUUAGCUGUCUUUUGUCCGUUCAUCACUGGCACCGUUGGAUUCAUGUAAUCGGCCACUUACUAGAAAAAGACUUUGGUUGCUGAGAUUAUUAUAAUAUUCCAUUUUUAUUGUGUAAUUUUUGCGUGUGCAUAUAUACUUUCAUGUUCUACUAUAUUUAGCCGAAUUUUGUCAUUUUUAGAUAAAUCGAACUAAUUUAUUUGUUGCCUAUAUGAGAAAAGAAAGUAAAUGGUUUUGCUCAAUUUAAGAGAUAUAUAUUUCAAUAGGAGUCAUGAUGAGUUUGUUGAACAUGGUAUUUUGCAAACAAAUUGUGCCUAUCUGUCAUCAAGUGUAACGCAUUCUCAUUCACGAGCUUCGCAUGAUAGGCGGAGACAUAGCGCGUGAAUGCUAGAGUGACUCAACAGAGGCGUUCAUUAGUACGAGUCCAAUCUAAGUAUAUAUAUGCCUUUUGUGUGUGAAUAGAUACUUAUUAUAAGUUUGUAAGUCAGUGUUUCCGAAAAAAUCUUGCUGUACUUGUAUAGAAUCGGGUGAUUCAAAGAGCAGGUCCUUGCCAUUCUUUGCGUUAUUCAUUCAAGAUCUCUUUAGUUGUGGACAUUGGUCCCAAAUAAUACUGCACUUCUAUAAAUCUUCAGAAACCGGGAAUUCAAGUCAAAAUGAGGGUAAGAUCAUCAUCAUACAUUAAUUUGGUGGACUUGGUGUCAGGGGAUAUUUUCAAUUUCCGUCAACCUCCUCAGCGAGCUAUGAGUGUUCCUGCAAUUGUGUCUGAUGUAGAUGAUAAACAAAGCAGCAAUGAUGACGAUUCAAAUGGUUUCUCUUCAGAACAAUGUCGCAAGAUGAUAGUAGUAGCAAAUUUUCUUCCUCUGAAUGCUAAAAAGGAUGACAUUUCUGGCAGAUGGUGUUUUAGUUAUGAUGAAGAUUCGAUUUUUUGGCAGUUAAAGGAUGGUCUCUCUUCUGAUAUCGAUGUUGUUUACGUGGGAUCUCUUGAGGUUGAUGUUGAUGAAAGCGAGCAAGAGGAAGUUUCCCUUCAGUUGCUGGAGGAAUUCAACUGUGUGCCUACUUUUAUUCCUUCAGAAAUACAGAAACAGUUUUACGACGGAUUCUGCAAGAAUUAUUUGUGGCCUCUAUUCCAUUACAUGCUGCCUGGGCAUCCAGGUUAUUGCAAUCGCUUUGAUAGGUCACUUUGGCAGGCUUAUGUUUCUGCUAACAAAAUAUUUGCUGAUAAAGUCACGGAGGUCCUUAAUCCGACAAAUGAUUAUGUGUGGGUUCAUGACUAUCAUCUUAUGGUUCUUCCGUCAUUUCUGCGGAGGCGGUUUACUCGUGUCAGGCUAGGCUUUUUCCUCCACAGUCCGUUUCCUUCAUCCGAAAUUUAUCGAACUCUGCCAGUCAGAACUGAAAUUUUGAAAGCACUGCUUAAUGUAGAUUUGAUUGGUUUUCACACAUUUGAUUAUGCUCGUCAUUUUCUGUCUGUCUGCAGUCGAAUGCUUGGCUUGGAAUAUGAAUCCAGAAGGGGUUACAUUGGACUCGAAUACUUUGGCCGUACAAUAUUCGUUAAAAUAUUGCCUGCUGGGGUUCAUAUGGGUCGCAUUCAAUCUGCUUUAGAUCACCCUUCUGCCUCUAUCAAAGCUAGAGAAGUCUGCAAGCAAUUUAAGGGGAAAAAACUUAUAAUUGGUGUUGAUGAUAUUGACAUCCACAAAGGCGUGAGCUUGAAGUUCUUCGCGGUCGAGCAACUAUUGAAGGAAGAUCCGUUACUGCAGGGUCAGUUAAUAUUGGUCCAAAUUUUAAAUCCUCCAAGGAGCGAUGGGAAAGAUGUUGAGGAAGCAAAGAAGGAGGUGUAUGCAAUUGCCGAAAAGAUAAAUGAAAGGUUUGGUUUCCCGAGUUAUAAACCUGUGGUCAUCAUUGAUCAUUACAUUCCUUUCCAUGAGAAGGCAGCUUAUUAUGCUUUGGCUGAUUGUUGCAUUGUGAAUGCGGUGCGGGACGGUAUGAAUUUGAUUCCAUACAAGUACAUUGUGUGCAGACAGGGGAGUUCUAAAAUGGACGAAGAGUUGGAUAUCAAUUCCGACUCCCCUCGGACAAGUGCAGUCGUUGUUUCUGAGUUUGUAGGUUGCUCGCCGUCUCUUAGUGGGGCAAUCAGGGUGAAUCCAUGGGACAUAAAUGCUGUUGCUGAAGCUUUGAAGUUGGCUAUCACAAUGUCCAACAAAGAGAAACAACAUCGGCACGAGAAGAACUAUCAAUAUGUUAGUUCUCAUGAUGUGGCUUAUUGGGCCCAACGUUUUGAGCAAGACCUAGUGUUCUCGUGUAAGGAUCAUUAUACGAAACUUUGCUGGGGUGUUGGCUUCGGCUUGGAUUUCAGAGUUUUGUCCCUCUUUCCUGGGUUCAAGAAGCUGUCCAAAGACCAUGUUGUUUCGGCAUAUAAAAGGACAAACUGCAGAGCGAUCUUUUUGGAUUAUGACGGUACAAUUGUACCUCAGGGUUUCAUCAAUGGAGCCCCCCGUCCUGAAGUCGUAUCUGUGCUAAACAAUCUCUGCAGUGACCCUAACAACACUGUGUUUAUUGUCAGUGGCCGAGGGAAAACUUCAUUGGACAAAUGGUUUGAUCAAUGUGAGAAUCUUGGUCUAGCAGCCGAGCACGGUUAUUUUAUAAGGUGGGAUGAAAAAUCAAGUUGGAAAAUGAGUCAUGUUAGCACAGAUUUUGCAUGGAAAGGUAUUGCUGAACCUGUGAUGAGAUCAUAUACUGAGGCAACAGAUGGCUCCUACAUAGAGACCAAAGAGAGUGCAUUGGUGUGGCAUUAUAAUGAUGCUGAUUCUGAUUUUGGAUCUUGGCAAGCCAAAGAGCUUUUGGACCAUCUUGAAAAUGUUCUUGCAAAUGAGCCUGUAGUUGUUAAAAAGGGGAUGUAUAUUGUUGAAGUCAAGCUUCAGGGGAUAACUAAAGGGCUAGUUGUAGAGCAAGUUUUGUCUACACUAACAAAGAACGGUAAAUCGCCGGAUUUCGUUCUGUGCAUUGGUGAUGAUAGAUCUGAUGAGGACAUGUUUGAGAGCAUAUUAAACAAAAGUUAUGGUGGUGAAACUGAAACCUCAUCUUCAGCAGCAGAAAUAUUUGCAUGUACUGUUGGACAAAAACCAAGCAAAGCUAGAUACUACUUGGAUGAUAGUGUGAAAGUGAUGAUGUUACUUCAAGGUCUUGGUGCUGCUGCUGCUGAGGCUGCUGCAAAAGUUUCUGCUGAAACCUCUUCUGAAGUUUGUUCUGAAGAUGUUGUUUGAAAAUGUGCACUAUUUUUGCUGUCUUGACAACAGCAUAGGAUAGAGAUACAUUGGGUUAUUGUUAUGUUUUUAUUAUUGUUUCUGUUUUCUGCUAAAAUAAGUACCAAAGAUUGUUUCAAAUUCUGAUUGAUUGCUUUUUAGUUUUGAUUUUAGAGAAUGUUGCGGCUUUAGGUUCAGAAACUUGGCGCAAGAGAUUUAAAUAUUUGAGAAAUCAUUUUUGCAUGAAUGAUUGAAUGUCAGAAUCUCAAUUUA